CUUUUGUUACUUAAGUACAUUUUAGCACUUCAAUUCACUUCUGAUAAUUAAAUAUAUUUAAAACCUAAAUACUUUUAGAGUUUCUCAAGUUGUAUUUUGCUGGGGGACUUUUUCUAUUGCUGGGUGAGUCAUUUUCUAUUAAGGGAUCUUCACUUUUACUCAAGUAUAGAAAGCAUUCCAUUUUCUUUGGUAUUGGUCUAGCUAACGUUAGCUAGCUACUUCAUUUAAUGUUAUUUUCACAAUAUGCAUUUAUUGUAUAGUCACCAAUUUAGGCUACUUUAGUUUUGACAUAAAAUGCUUGAUAUUGUAGGCUCUCUACAAAAAGCUGGGCUUUUAUGGCACAGAGGGCAGUGCAUCGGCUUCUUCAAUAAUGUCAGGCAAUAAUGUCAGGCUUGCUGGUUCAAUUUAUGCUCCUGCAGUUUCCUCCCAAUCACUAUAUUUGGAAUGAUAUGUGGCUAGAUGGCUGUUGAUUUUUUUCCAGUAUGGUGCACAGACCAGUGAGCGAACCAUUGCCUUUGGGGGACUUGCAACAUGGCACUAACAGGCCCUCUCUGUGUCUGUGGACCUAAACAACGAUACCUCUCUACUCAUCGACAUUCCUGAUGCACUCUGUGAACGAGACAAAGUCAAGUUCACUGUUCACACCAAGACCACCCUGAGCUCCUUUCAGAAGCCAGACUUCUCUGUUCCUAGGCAACAUGAGGACUUUAUCUGGCUCCAUGACGCUCUGGUUGAAACUGAAGACUACGCUGGGCUCAUCAUCCCUCCAGCGCCCCCGAAGCCAGACUUUGAGAGCCCCAGGGAGAAGAUGCAUAAACUGGGCGAGGGAGAAGCCACCAUGACCAAGGAGGAAUACACCAAGAUGAAGCAGGAGUUAGAGGCUGAGUACCUGGCUGUUUUCAAGAAGACUGUUCAAGUCCACGAAGUAUUUCUGCAGCGUCUAUCUUCUCACCCCAUCCUGAGCAAGGACAGAAACUUCCAGAUAUUCCUGGAGUAUGACCAGGAUCUGAGUGUACGGAGGAAGAAUGCCAAGGAGACGUUUGGGAGUUUCUUUAAGAACAUGGUGAAGAGUGCUGAUGAGGUCAUCAUCUCAGGGAUAAAGGAAGUAGAUGAUUUCUUUGAGCAGGAGAAGACCUUCCUGCUUGAUUAUUCGUCCAAGAUCAAAGACUCCACUGCCAGGGCGGAGAAGAUGACCCGCUCCCACAAAAAUGUUGCUGAUGAUUACAUCCACAUCUCUUCUACUUUGAACAGUCUCUCUGUCGAUGAUAACACAGCACUUAAAAAGCACUUUGAGAAGUUAUCUGACCUGUUUGAGAAACUCCGGAAAGUGGAGGGUAGAGUGGCGUCGGACCAGGAGCUGAAGCUCACAGAGCUACUACGCUACUACAUGAGGGACAUCCAGGCAGCCAAGGACCUGUUGUACAGACGGGCCAGGACCCUGGCAGACUAUGAGAACAGUAACAAGGCUCUGGAUAAGGCCCGGCUGAAGAGUAAAGCUGUUGCUGCUGCUGAGGAGCAACAACAACAGUGUCUGCAGAGGUUUAACAAGCUUUCUGAGUCGGGAAAAAGAGAGCUGACCAGUUUUAAGGGCAGGAGAGUGGUGGCUUUCCGGAAGAAUCUAAUAGAGAUGGCUGAGCUGGAGAUUAAGCAUGCUAAGAACAACAUGUCUCUGCUGCAGGACUGCAUUGAGCUUUUCAAGAGCAGCUGAGGCACUGGUCUCUUACCAACCCUCCCUGACCACUGACCAGCUGGGCUUGGCGCCAGUCGGUUUCUGCUCUCUUGCCAACUCCUUAUGGAAUCGUCGUGCAAAACCGUGACUGGAGUAGGAAAAAUCACAAACUGGAUCUGGGACCAGGAUACUGACCAGCAGGCUUUGAGAAGGGAACCUCGAUACCCAUCCUCUCCACCCCACAUGUGUCAAACUAUUCCAUGACGGAUUUUCGCUCCACCCUUGUACUUGAUUGAUGAAUUCAGGUCACUAAUUAGUAAAGAACUCCCCUCACCUGGAUGUCUAGGUCUUAAUUGAAAGGAAAAAACAAAAACCUGCAGCCACUGUGCCCUCGGUUGAAUGAGUUUGACACCCCUCUAGUCCUGUGGGAACCUGGAUACCCAAUGCCCUCUACCCUCUUCCUCCAGGGGAACUUGGGUCGUGUUCAUUAGGUCUCACACUUGAAAAACUUCACUUUGUAACGGAAAACAAAAAUGAGCAUUUCUUAUUGGACAAGAUUAGAUAGUUCCUUCCCGUUUCACUCAUUUGCGGGGAGUUUCGUGCCUUGAACCCGAUCCUGGAUACUCCCUUCCUCCAUCCCAAAAAUGCCACUUCAGAAACCUGCAUAUGUCUGUUUGACUGUUUUCUGCCUGGAUGUUUAGUCUCUGUCCACCUGCCCCUCCGUGUCUCCUUCUACCACCUCCGUGUCUCCUUCUACCACCUCCGUGUCUCCUUCUACCACCUCCGUGUCCCAUGGAACACUCCCCUUUAGUGAUGACAGCAUUCCAGAACAGGGAGAAUUCAGCAUCCUGCACCAUCUUCUGACCUUUCUCCUCCCAUCUGUUUUUCAAUCGUGGGUUAUCUGAAUGAUUUGUUUUGUAGAUGGAUUACGCUUGUUCUUGUGUUGGAUUCUCUAUUUUGUCCGGUUGGUGAAGCCUUAUUGGAAGAAGGACCUCAUUCUGUGCGUCUGAUUAUGAUCAUGUUUAUAAUUGUUUUGGUUGCUUUUCAAGGCACGUGCCGACUAACCCCGUUACGCCCCUCACUUGUACAUAUAAAGAAAGACAGAAUUGAGGUUGAAUUUGGUCCUAGCAUAACAGUGAAACUAUGGCAGAGUGGAGUCACAGUAAUCUGGUGUUUUUUAAUGGUGCAUGCAUUAGCUAGCUAUAAUGGAAUAGUUUGGUUUAAAGUGGCGUUGCAAUGAGAACCAUUCUCGAAUACCAGUCUGAAGAGUGACUGCUGAGCUCAGCUGCUGCCUCUCUCUGGUUUGUAAUGGAACAGUUUACAGGAUCCUUUUAGGCCACGCUGUAGCAAAAAAAAUUUUUACAUUGGAAAACUUAAACAAUCGUUUCUUAUUGGACAAGUUCAGAUUGUCCCUCCUUGUUUUGGUACCUUAGUGAAUAGGACCCAGAUGGGAGCAACUGUUUACAAAGAGUGUAUAAAGUGGCUGGAAGGGGGGGGGGGGGGGGGGUACUAAUUUGGUGCCUAAAUAAAGAUGAUUUAGAAUGCGUCCCGAUUGUCCACCAUUGUGCCAACGUCUGCAUUUGCACAGUCCCGUCAUGGAUUUAAAAGCAUUCGGUUGAUGAAAGCAUUGGCUGAAGGGAGUUUCCACCAUUUGUUAAAUGGUUUGACGGUGGAGUCUGGAAAUGCUCACUUUGGGAGAAGGGUGGAGAAUUGGGACUUGGCCUAAUACUCUAUUUUUCCAUUACCAUACUUUUGAGAUCAGGCUGAGUUGAACUCGCUCCAAACUGCCAAGUGAAGAGACAUGCUUCUUUUUCAUGAUUUUUGUGUGUGUGGUAGUUUGUCCAACAGUGGUGGUACCACACAGAAAUGCUUUGGCUGUACCUCAGGAAUGGCAACAGGGCUCUUUCCGCGUAUUCGUCUACAUUACUGCCGGUAAUAACUGGAGCCAAGUAAAUUGUUUUUUUGUUUUGAGACUUCCAUAUAUUUUUGACAAGUUUACUUCCACAUAAUAUGGACCAGUUUAUUUUAAUUUUAUUUUUUACUACAGACCUUGUCAGUGUCGGCGCUGGUAGUUGCCAACGUUUACUGCCGUGAUACCAGUGAUUCAUCGGCCCGGUCUAGACUAAAGAGUGACUAGUGAGUGCCAGGCAGCUAUGGUUUCUGUGCUAAGUGAGUCAAUAUUCAGUGGACCAGGCUGAGACCUGUGACACUGUUAGUGAAGUCCACCCAUAGUAGAGGACUGUAUGCAGUUGGUUCUAGUUAACAUUUGAAGCACUAGACUUACAUGGCCAUAUUGGCUAUUGGAGAGUAACUCUGGUCCCAGCACUUAUUCGGAGGUGUGUGUGUGUGUGUGUGUGUACUUCAGCGUCAGCUUGUAGCUGUUGUCUGUGUCCCAAUUCUUUCACAUGCUUCCCUAAGUGUGCACUUGUACACUUCCCUUCAUGGAUUUUUAAAGGGACUGACUAGUGUAAGAAAAAUGGGGGAUUCUCCCAUGCUUACACCAAUGAUCCAAUGCUUUUAAUUGUGUGGAGAGGAUGAAUGUGCACUACCUAGAUAAGUAGAAUGUUCCUGAUAUCCUGCUGUGUUUACUAGUGUGGCUUCCUGUGCACUUCGUCAUUGAUAUCCUGCUGUGUUUACUAGUGUGGCUUCCUGUGCACUUCAUUGAUAUCCUGCUGCGUUUACCAGUGUGGCUUCCUGUGCACUUCAUUGAUAUCCUGCUGUGUUUACUAGUGUGGCUUCCUGUGCACUUCAUUGAUAUCCUGCUGCGUUUACCAGUGUGGCUUCCUGUGCACUUCAUUGAUAUCCUGCUGUGUUUACUAGUGUGGCUUCCUGUGCACUUCGUCAUUGAUAUCCUGCUGUGUUUACUAGUGUGGCUUCCUGUGCACUUCAUUGAUAUCCUGCUGCGUUUACCAGUGUGGCUUCCUGUGCACUUCAUUGAUAUCCUGCUGCGUUUACCAGUGUGGCUUCCUGUGCACUUCAUUGAUAUCCUGCUGUGUUUACUAGUGUGGCUUCCUGUGCACUUGCUCUUAGGUUAGUGUUGCUCAGUACAUCUUCCUAUCCUCCCAUCCAAUCAUCUUGCUUAGUACUGCUGGUGCAGGAUUGGUUUGAAGAAUUGCAUUUUAGGGUUCUUAUUUCUCCUAUUGCUUUAUGUUACUGACGGAACCUUUUUUAUCAUGUUAAACUAGCCUGCGGUGCCGGGCUUGUUAGCCUGCGGUGCCGGGCCUGUAAGCCUGCGGUGCUGGCCUACUCCUUAUGCAUUUGUCAUGCCAUUUUUGACUUGGUAAACAAAUCUGGGACCGGGCUGUGGGGGAGACCACAGAUCUGGGACCGGGCUGUGGGGGAGACCACAGAUCUGGGACCGGGCUGUGGGGGAGACCACAGAUCUGGGACCGGGCUGUGGGGGAGACCACAGAUCUGGGACCGGGCUGUGGGGGAGACCACAGAUCUGGGACCGGGCUGUGGGGGAGACCACAGAUCUGGGACCGGGCUGUGGGGGAGACCACAGAUCUGGGACCGGGCUGUGGGGGAGACCACAGAUCUGGGACCGGGACUAAACAUAUUAACCUGUAAAAGAAAAGGGUUCAUAUUGAAACAAAAAGGAUUGAAUUCUUUGAAUUGUUUUGGAAAUUAAGUGAUUUUAUUUUGUACAUUCUAUCUAUGGUGGUAAAUACUUAACAAUAAUUUCCAUGCCCAUAGAGGGCUGUCUUAUAAAGUGCUGUUUUUGAUAAUUGAAUGGAUUUCUAAAUCAUUCCAACUGUGUGAAUUACUUAGUUUUUCUCUCACCGAGCAUCACUUUUUAAAAAAAAAAGGGAAAAAAAAGAAAAACCUUUGCAAUAAUUACAUUAAAUUAAAUAAGUCCUACUUUCCAAAAUC